ACCAGGGCCGUGGGGGGGGUAGGGGUGGGCCACGGCGGCUGCAGGGCAGGCAGCCCAGGCACAGGUCUCGGCUUUCCUGCUUGCUUUCCUGCUCUUCUGUGCAACGGGUUUGUUCUUAUAAACCCCCUUUUAAGUGACUCCAAGAAACCUUCCAAGAUGCGGGAAGAAACUUGAGGCAGACGUGAAGGACGGGUUCUGUGAUUGCCUUUCUCAGGAGGAGGAGACUCUCUAAGGGCAGUGCCCGGGGCUGCCCUGCGGGGAGGCCUAACACAGGGCCUGCCACCAGAUUAGAGUGCACACUUUUUUGGGGGGGGGGGGGGGAUGGUUUGAUUUUAGACUCAAGGGCCCUCAAUGUCCGGUUUUGUGCUUAGAAUGAAUUUCACUGGAAACAACCAGCUCUGUGCCAUUUUCACCAGAAGAUACUGGAGUUUCCUGGGAAAUGCUGAAAGUGCUUGUGGUGCCUCAGGCCCCGCCAUGUCCCGCGGCCUGGGCUGCCUGGUCCCGUACAGCCUGGCUGUGUUGCUGCUCGGUGGCCUGCUCUUCCUGAAGAAGGAGGCCACGCCGGCCGGGGGCCCCGCGGCCCGCCAGCCCUUCUGGUCUCCCCCGGGGCCCCGCCGCAGCCCGUGUGCCCCCAACCGCACGGUGGCUAACGCCUCCCUGUCCUUGCCGGGCCGUCACCGCCUCUUCCUGACCUAUCGCCACUGCCGCAACUUCUCCGUCUUGCUGGAGCCUUCGGGCUGUGCCGAGGACACCUUCCUGCUCCUGGCCAUCAAGUCGCAGCCUGGCCACGUGGAGCGGCGCGCGGCUAUCCGCAGCACGUGGGGCCGGGAGGGGGGCUGGGCCAGGGGCCGGCGGCUGAAGCUGGUGUUCCUCCUGGGGGUGGCGGGACCCGCGCCCCCCGCCCAGCUGCUGGCCUACGAGGGUCGCGAGUUUGAUGACAUCCUGCAGUGGGACUUUGCGGAGGACUUCUUCAACCUGACCCUCAAGGAGCUGCACUUGCAGCGCUGGGUGGCGGUUGCCUGUCCCCAGGCCCACUUCGUGCUAAAGGGAGAUGAUGAUGUCUUCGUCCACGUCCCCAACGUGCUGGAGUUCCUGGAGGGCUGGGACCCAGCCCGGGACCUCCUGGUGGGAGACGUGAUCCGCCAGGCCCUGCCCAACAGGAACACCAAGGUCAAGUACUUCAUCCCCCCGUCCAUGUACGGGGCCCGCCACUACCCGCCCUAUGCCGGGGGUGGGGGAUAUGUCAUGUCCAGAGCCACCGUGCAGCGCCUCCAAGCAGCCGUGGAAGAGGCUGAACUCUUCCCCAUCGAUGAUGUCUUUGUGGGCAUGUGCCUGAGGAAGCUGGGGGUGAGCCCCAUGCACCACGCUGGCUUUAAGACAUUUGGAAUACGGCGGCCCCUGGACCCCCUAGACCCCUGCCUCUACCGGGGGCUCCUACUGGUGCACCGCCUCAGCCCCCCGGAGAUGUGGACCAUGUGGGCGCUGGUGACCGAUGAGGGGCUCCAGUGUGCAGCAGCCCCCUUGCCUCGACUCCGAGGGGCGGGUUGAAUACAAUAGAGAAACUCGAAGGAAAGAAGGAAACAAGAAGCAUGUGUUGGAACAUGUCCUGUUGAGCACCAGGUAAACGCUCUGCUUUCAGUUCCUUAAGAAUACUGGACUUUUGGCUCCUGGGCUUCAGCUGUCCUUACAGGCAAUGGGGCCAGAUCACAGAAGGCAUUAGAAACACUUAAAAAGAAAUCUUAUAAACAAGCUCCUCUCCCCCCCCCCCCCCGCAAAAA